UUACCGAUGACAACAGCUUGCUGGCAAAGCUGCUGUAGUAACCAACCAUGCUACAUAAAUGUGCCAAAAUAAUAAUAUUAUUGUCAACGGCAUUGGUAUUUACCAGUCUGGCUCAAAGGGGACAUCGCCCAACCCUAAAUGAAGUAAUGUUGCGGUAUGACGGACCAGUACCGUCUACAAUUGUUCGGGAUCAUUGUGACAUGCAGAAAGCUCUUUUUAUGGGGGCAUGGGUUGUUUAUACAGAUACUGCAUUUGUGGAUGGAUCUGAACCAUUACAGUAUCGAGGGCCAGAAGUUGGCCGUGGAUUUGUCACUUCAGCUGUGUUCUUAAAUGCUCCUAUGCCACACAUCGGAAUUGUGAUUGAUGGCAAAGCUUUCACAUUGUUGCCUUCUACAUUGACGUGGAGGCGUGCUGCAGGAGUGGCAUCAUUUGUGACAGAUGUCUCAGCACUGCAAUGCUGUUUUACAACUCAGGAUAAGUACACAGAGGAAAUAAAUUCAUUGGUUUUGCUUUACACAUCGGGAAGUAUUGUUGGAGAAGAGCGAGUGUAUGUGUCCUAUGAUGGUGGAUUCAGGUAUACUGAUUUGCAUGUAGCAUCUACUUCAAUGCAAUAUUUACGUGGUAUAUACAGACUGCCAGUGUCUGGAAACACUGUGGCUCUGGUACAGGAUGUAUACAACAAUUUCUAUUUUCGCAACACUGUAAAUUGGGCUACCUCUCAAUUGUCAGAAAGCUUUCCACUUAGAGACAACCCGUUCUACCUUCGAGUCAUCCUGGUGGCAGGCUUGAGAGGUCACCUCAUCAUAUGGAGUCCACAAAUGGUUCUUUACUCCCCAAAUGAUGGUAGUGUACUUGUACCUGUAUCAGAAUUUGGACAAGAAGACAGUGUAGUACCACCGCCUUCUAUAUUUGUUCAGGGGAUCACAACAGCUGGUAAUGGAGCCAUAGCUGUUGUCAUGAAUGAUGGAGGACUGUAUUAUGGUCGACUUGGCUUGGAAGGAGUUGUCGUAAAAUUCCCAAUAAACAUCUACCAAGACUUGGGAAUGUCUAGACACAUGGUCAUGUACUUUGAUGAACAUUCAGACCUUGUAUUUUUAAAUUACAUGUAUAACAUAUACCAGAAUCAAGUUCAUUUCAAACACUUUCAUGUCCAUGUGCAGCAGCAGUUAACUCAAACAUCACCCCCAGUGAUAUCUUGCCCUGUAGAGCGAUUUUCUGGCGAUUUUGAUGGGAAGCUGUUUUACAUGGACAAGGGAGACUCUAUCAUGCUGAAUGUGGUCUAUGUCCCAACUCCCAACUGUCCAUUUUUUCCUGUGGUGACUUUAACAAAUGCUGAUGCAUUGGUUACUGAAGAGUUGAUAGAGAUGGAUGGGACAACUCCAGAUGGAUACAAGACAUUUGUAAUGGAUAUUGGGGUUAAACUAUCAACAGCAGCUGUCAUAGAAGAAGAAGGCCUUGCUACGAUCUCUGUGGACUUGAUGGAAAGAGAAGUAUCUUGCAACAAGUUGAAUCCUCAGAAAGCUCAUGUCAUCAUGGCGUGCCCACCUGGAAAGCAUAUUCGGGUUAUGAGGAAUUCAACAGCCUGCAGUAGGGGGACUUUCACCCCAGAACAGCUUCGAGAUAACUUCACUUACACAAUACCAAAGGAGGUCUAUGACCCAGGCCUACAUUUCAGGCCCAACCAGGCUGAUAAAGAUCUGACAAUCAAGUACAGUUAUUUUGAUCAUCUUUGCCCCCUGCUGGUGUAUUAUGACAUGCCAUGGAGGCCGACCUUUGAACUUUGGGAGGGGGAUACAUUUCUGGAGGUUGUGAAGGCCGACUUUGUGAUGUUUGAGAGACACGGCAUGCACAAUUAUAAGUACUUGCAGACAGCAAAGACAGCAAAAUGUGUGUCUCAGCCUCAGGACUGGAUUUCCAUGCUUCAAUUGAAUGCACACAUGGACAGUACAUGGACCAAUCAAAAUUACAGAAGCUGCAAAGAUUAUCAUGGGCCAUCUUUAACCGAUCCGAAUGCGGAGUAUCAAGUCCUAAGCCAAGAGUCAAGGAACAAAAUUGCGUUCUCCAACUACAAUGGCAUGUAUCUUUUUACGGCUAUAGUUGUGGACCCAGAUUACAGCUUCUGUAGCCUCAGAACCACCUUCACUGUUUACGUAUAUGGAGCAUUUCCUAAAAGAAUUCUGCCAUACGGUGUUCUGUGUGGAAUCUUCAUUGCCAUCUUAACUACGCUUCUCAUGAUUGGUUACCUCCGGAAACGAAAUAUCUUCGCAAAAGUCAUUAGAUACAGUGAUAGCGACACUCACUGACUCCAAUAAUCUAAAGAAUAAUUAUUUCCAAUUUUAUUUCCAAUAUGUAAGAAUCGACCAAGUUUCAGAGCUCAAAUGUAAAGCUUGUUUGGUCACACGUGAAGCUUUAUUUGUAAUAUAUUUUUUACAUGCUGAUGAAUGGAUGUUUUAGCAGAUUAAUAAACUCAC